AUGACUACACAAAACGGUAGCAUCUAUACCACCGGGCAGUUCAUGAACCCAGGCCCGGCGCCCCGUCCACCAACGGACAGGCCGCGCUUGAACUUGACGCCUACGUCCAGCAUCCAGUCCAACCUGUCUGGUCUGACAAUUAGCUCGCCCAUUCAACGCUCGGCUUCGUCAACGUACUCCGGUUCGACAAUUUCGCUCCCGCUCGGUCGUCAAAACUCCAAUGUCGACGGCCAAGGGGGUGUUGCUGUGAUCAAAGAGGGCGUUGCUCAAGUUAAGGAGAGCAAAAACUUUAUCCAGCCUUGGAAGCAAAAGUUUCUUGUCUUGCGGAAGGAGGCGCUUGAUUUCCACAAGGUCGAAGGCGGCAAGGUCUCAUACACACUGUUUCUCAAGGACGUCAUCAAUGUCGGCCGAGUCGAAGCUGCCGGUACCAUUUUCGAGAUCAAACGUCACUCUAACGGAUCAUCAACAAGCCCUGGCGACGACGAUGGUUCCAUUCGAACUCUCCAGAUCCGCGUAAAGAGCGACGACGAUCUGUACGAAUGGAUCGACUUCAUUUACGCCCGCUGUCCCGGAAUGGGCGGUGUGAGCAACCCGACCAACUUCUCCCAUGCUGUCCACGUGGGUUUCGACCCCAAGACCGGCGAGUUUGUCGGCCUGCCGCCCGAGUGGUCCAAGCUACUCAACUCAUCCGCCAUUACCAAGGAAGAUUACGAGCGCAAUCCUCAGGCCGUGUUCGAGGUGCUCGACUUCUAUUCCGACCUAACCAAGCGUGCCGAAAACCCCAAUCAGUAUUCGAGCUUGACGCCAACUCCACCAGCAAGUUCCAUGCAGAACAAACAACUCGGCUACUCAAGUGGCGCAUCAGUCGCACCACCCCGUCCAAUGCAACCCGCCCAGACUAUGCAGCAGACUAUGCAAACUCGCAACCCCAGCAACAACUACCCAUCUUCCAACCCUGGUCAGGGCGGCGCACAUGUCCGCCCUUCUGCCUCGGAGGCUCAGCAACAGCGCCAGCAAAUGCAAAACAUGGCCAGCAACUACGUGAACAGUGGGUCAUCCCAGCAAGAUGAUCUACGCCAGAAGCAGCAGCAGCAGCAGCAGCAGCAGCAGCAGCAGUACGAGACAGCUCAGCGGCAGCGGAUGAUGGAAAUGGAAGAGCAGAACCGCAGAGAGCUGGAGGCGUACAACGCCUCACUGCCGAAGACGAAAGUUCCUUUGGCCCAGCAAGAACUCGGCGGGUUUUCCGGUGGCUCAUCAGGCUCUUCAACGGACCGCUUCAACCCCAGCCGUGCGCCGCCGCCGGCCCCUAAGCCGGCCCAGGCUACCAGUUUGCGCGCCCAGCGUCCCGCACCAGCACCGCCCUCCAGUGCAGGUGGCUCUCAACGUCCAACUCAGGGUGGUGCUCCGCCGCCCAUUUCGCGUGAUCCCCCUGCUGGUCAACCGGGACAGGCUCCACGUAUACAGACACGCCCAGAUCAGCAGCAAGCCACCGCUCAGCGCUACCCAGCUAGCAACCAGACUGCUUCGGGCACCCCGCGUGCGAAUGGCCAGCAACAGAGCCAGCCGCCAUCACGCCUACCUGCACCUGUGAAGCCUCUCAAUGUGGGCCCCAAGGCUGCCCAGCCAGCGGACGGCGUCAAGGCUGCAGAGGCCGCAUUGACUGCCAAACCGCCACCGGAGCGGAAGCAGGAUGUUCGCCUGUCGACAAUGUCGGAGAACGAAGUCAUGAUUCGCCUCAAAGAGGCCGUUUCCAAGGACGAUCCUAACUUGUCGUACUCGAAACAGAAAAAGAUUGGCCAGGGUGCAUCUGGCUCGGUUUAUGUCGCUAAGGUUAAGGAAAGCGCCGUUUCGCCCGUUGCACGCACCAUCCUUCGUGAACAGGGCAGCCGGGCUCAGGUUGCUAUUAAGCAGAUGGACCUUGCACAUCAGCCCAGAAAAGAGCUGAUCGUCAACGAAAUUAUGGUGAUGAAGGACAGCAAGCACCGCAACAUUGUCAACUUCCUUGAUGCGUUCCUUCGCAACAACAACUCUGAGCUGUGGGUCGUCAUGGAGUACAUGGAGGGUGGCGCCCUAACAGACGUCAUCGAUAACAAUCCGGUCAUUACUGAAGAUCAGAUCUCUACUAUCUGCCUUGAGCUCACCGAUACUAAGAAGAAGCGCGCGACGAUGGUGGGCACUCCGUACUGGAUGGCACCCGAGGUUGUCAAGCAAAAGCCGUAUGGCCCCAAGGUCGACAUCUGGUCUCUGGGCAUCAUGGCUAUUGAGAUGAUCGAAUCCGAGCCUCCUUACCUUAACGAGGAGCCUCUCAAGGCCCUGUAUUUGAUCGCUACCAACGGAACGCCGCGCCUCAAGAAGCCUGAGAAGCUCAGCAAGGAGCUCAAAGCAUUUCUGUCAGUCUGCCUGUGUGUCGAUGUCACGAGCCGAGCUUCGUCACAGGAGCUCCUUGAACACGACUUCUUGAAGCACGGCUGCCCCCUUGGUAGCCUUUCGGACCUUCUUGCAUUCAAGAAACACGCGAAGUAA